CCCCUCAAAAUAGCAAAGAAGGCAUUAGCCAAGGCGGGGAGGGUUUUACCAUAGUUACAGUAUGGAGAACGUACCGAGAGUUGGCGUAGCAGUGUUCGUGUUGCUUGGGAAAACAGUGCUGUUGGGGCAGCGGCGCUCCUCCAUCGGUGACUCUACCUAUGCUCUCCCGGGCGGGCAUCUCGAGUUUGGAGAGGGCUUUGAAGAGUGUGCAGCCAGAGAAGUGAAAGAGGAAACUGGGUUGGAUAUCCAGAAAAUGGAUUUCUUAACUGCAACUAACACCAUCUUUAAAGAACCUAAACCAGCACAAUAUGUAACAAUUUUUAUGCGGGCAGUGUUGGAUGAUCCUCAACAGGUGCCCCAAACUCUUGAACCAGACAAGUGUUAUGGUUGGGAUUGGUAUGCCUGGGAUGAUCUUCCUAAUCCAUUGUUUUGGCCUUUGGAGAAGAUGGUUCAAAGUGGAUUCAAUCCCUUCCCAGCUGAGUAGAUUUCUGGGAUAUUCCAGUUUUAGGCACUUCAAUAUGUGGAUUAGAUUAUGUGACUUACAACAUUUAGUGCCUCCAAUAUGUUUGAUGGUUUAUCCUAAUGUUAUGUUAAGAGUGUCUUGAUUAUGAUGUACUCACCAAUAUCUUUUUUGAAUAACUGGCUGCUUUGAUUUGACUCUCUUCA